AUGUCGGCGUCACCGAUGCUUCAACACAUGUACAGUUUAGACGAGAGCAGUAUGAUGGGCGUGUCCCAUAGUCCAUACCGACAACAACGGAAACGACGGGCUGGCAUCUCGGGAGCGACGACGAGUGUUCAACGUGACGGUCCGUUCGCAUGUGCUGGGGGUACUGGGUACAGUAGUGCAGGAUUCUCAAAUGGCCGAGGUUUUCCACCACUUGGAGGAAGGUCACCACAAUCUUCAUUUGACUCGAAUCAGGAUGUGGCGCAGAUAUCUAUGAAUUGGAUGAGAAUGAAUGGACUUGGACCGUCGCUUCGACCGUUUCUGAAUGGUGGAAAUCACACUCCAAAGAAAACAAUAAUCCACAAUUCUCAAUCAACGACCCAGAUAUCCCGGCUCGGAUCACUUCGCAGAAUGCAUGCAGCUGAAGCGAGUAUUGAUGGUAAAUUGUCAUUAAAGGAGGACUGA